UAUUACAGUAAUUGUUUUACAUUUAGGAUAAUAAUAAAGAAACACAUUGAAAGUUACUAAUACAUAAUCAAAAUGCCAAAGAAAAGUGCAAAAAAAGGAAAAGGGAAAAUGGCGAAAAUGACAGAGGAAGAACGUAUUUUAUUUAUGGAACAAAAACUGCUUGCGGAAGAAGAAAUGAGGCAGAAAAAACAAGAGAUUCUGACACAAUUUCUGAAAGAUAAACUUGCUAAAGAAGAAAGAUGCUCUAAGUUUAAUUUCACGAAACUUCAAAAUCAGUGGAGGGUUAUAAUGAGAGAAGGUAAAUCGAAUGAGUUAAAAAAAGAUAUUGAAAUUCUAAGUCAAACAUUUGAACGAAUAAUUGAUCGAAAAGAUGCAAUUUUAAAAUCCUUGGUAAAAGAUUUGGAAGAGGCUGAAGAGCAAUACCAAACUGCUAUUAAGAGUCACUUGCAAAACUUAAGAAAAUUACUUGAUUUUCAGAAUGAAAGACUUGAAAAAGCUGAUUACGAAUACGAUGAGGAACUGGAAGCACUAAAAAUGGAAUUUGAUACAGAAAGAUCUCAUAUUAUCACCCAACACAAAAACAAGAUGGAUGAAAUUAUGGAUAUUAUGUUUGCAAUGGAACACGAAUUUGAAGAAGCAGAGUCAGAAGCACGCCAAGAGUUCCACAGUCUACGUGAUGAGCUCAAAAAUAAGAAUUUGGAAGAUAAACAUGCAUUGCGAAUACAAUUGGAAGGUCAAGUUGAAGAUUUAUGGAAUCAGUUUCAAGCUGCGUUAAAGAACUACAAUGAAACAACUGAAGAAAGAAAAAUUGCAUUUGAAACAUUAAAAACAAAAGAUGAGAAAAGUGCAGAAGAAAUUGAAAUGCAGAUGCGUAAACUUCAACGAAUACAGGAUAAAAUAACACAAGUCAAAUCUAAAAUGGUUUCCAAUGCUAAAGAAUAUGAAGAACGAAAUCGAAUCAUUAAAGAGGAGCGUGAAGCCAUAGCUGUGCAUUUUCGUACUUUGAAAGAUGAAAUGAACAAAUUUCGUGAACAGGACAGAGCAAGAUUAACCACUCUUACGCUACAAAGUAAUGCAGCAAUCAAGGAACUGAAGAGAAAGAAAGAAAAGGGUGAAAAAAUAUUAAAACUUUCAGAAAUGUGUCGACGUCUUGAAACUGAAGAAGAAAAGGUGCUGCCAUUUUAUUCUUCCUCGUUAACAGAAAAAGAACAACAGGAUGUGGACGAGGCAGUAAAAGAAGAAGCGUCUGAACCAUUAGCAGAGCUUUUUCAUGAAUAUUCAGCUCUGGAAAACUUUUGGAAGAGAUACAACAAGGUUUUGCUGGACAAGUUAGCACUGGGCAACGAAAAUCGCACGUUGUUGCAAGAAAAUCAACAGCUUAGAUCAGUUCUGAAACAGUAUUUGGAUGGCAUUUCUGUCAACGAUGAGAUACUCAGCCAAACGAAUCCGCUUUUCAUUGUCAACAACAAAACUAAUGUUAAGGUUACCGUACCAGUCAUGGAUCCACGUGUGCAAAGUAAGCCGCAGCACACUGUUGUUGAAGCCGCUCAUAUUGUAAAGCAUACUAUAUGAUGUGCAAUGUUGGUGUAAUAAUUUUAUGUUUAAAUUUUUAGAGUAGUGUUGAUAAAAUAUUUUUUAAGCGAAAUGUCUUUGAGAUAAAGAGAAAUUUGUCACUUUUGCUCACGAAAGUAAAAGAAAAUUAAUUGUGCAAGAUAUUCUACCUUUCCGUACUUUGAUAAAAAUGCGGAUAUUAAGUUGGUGCCUGCUUAUAAAAAGACGAAUACAUGGAUGAAAAAUUAUUAAGUAAAAUUGUAUUUAUUUUGAUGUACAGAAUGAUUUGAAAUAUAAUAUAUUUUUCUGA